AUGGCGGCUAGGCAGCCCCGUGGGCAAGUGAGGGAGUUGAAAAGCGUCCCCCGAAUAGGGGCUGCCCGCAACCGGCAUGUUAGCCCUGUGGUGGGGAACACCCCGCUGGGGUGGGUCCACGCCCUGGUCCCCAUCCGCACACUAGAGAAGCAGCAAGAUGAACUCGAAUCAGAAGAAACAAAUAGCAUUGUGGACAAAUAUCUCUCAAAAGAAGGCAGUCAAAACAUAACAAAGAUACUGAGAGGCAAAGUAAGAGGAAAGCUAAAAAGUACUAAGUUCAACCCACAGACUGAAGUCUUGUUGGAUGAAGGUCUUUCGUUUUUCAUCCUGAGUGGUGAAGAAAGGUCUGCUCUGAGCCAGUCUUCUGAACAGAGAUCAGUAAAAGAUAGUUACUCCAAACACUUUUCACUUGAUGAUAAUUUGCAAAAUAUUGCUGAAAGCGAAGAUGAAGAUUUUAUUGAAGAAGUGAUUUUUACAGAUUUACUUGAAGUAAAAGCUGCUGAAUAUGAAGAUAAUAAAAAACAAAUAGAAAAACAGCAGACCAAUAUUUUUGUACCAAGUACUUCUCCAGGUAAUGUUCUUUUCCAAUAA